UCAAUUCCUUUGACUGAAGAGUUUAAUCGAAAAAAUAUGGCCUUGGUAAACGUCAUUUAUUAAGCAAAACGUAAAAUGUAAAUAUAUUUAUUUCACCGAUCUGCUUAAUCAUUAGAUAAAUGCUAGUACUGCUGAGUUUGCUGCUGAUUGACCUUGUAUCAGCUGUGAAGGUCAACACAGAGCAGAAUGAGUCAGCUAUGACAAUCAAAGAAUUCAGGUAUAGGUCUCUACUGACUGGAAAGGAUCUGUUGGUUAAAUCUUCUGUAGAAAGAGUUCUUGAUUCUUCGUGCUUUGUAAAUGAUAUACACUGUGUACUAGAGAACAAUAAUAUAAUAGAUGCUUUCUUUUCUGUUUAUUCAGCUCAAGAUUGUCAGUCUACCUGUGCCUAUAGUGGGUUGACCUGCGCAGCGUUUACGUGGUUUGGAAAGGAUCAUCCAAUAUUUCCAAACUCAUGUUUUAUAUUCUCCUCCUGCUCUACUGUUAGAAGAUCUGAGAAAGCAACUUCCGGUCCCUCUUCCUGUUCCUGUGGCGCAGCAUAUGCUUGUCAAGGAGUCAAAGGAAACUUUGUUAAACUUCAGUUGAAUAUUAGAGAGGAAAAAACCUGUCAUUCAUUAUGCAGUGAAAACUCAAGAUGUAAGUUUUAUACUUGGUUUGGUUUGGAUAAUGCUGUAUUCACGAACUACUGUUUCCUCUUCUCAUCAUGCGACCAGAAAUCUUGCAGCUGCAAAUCUUGCUUUAGUGGACCCUCUUCAUGCUUUCAAUACACACUUACACCUGAUAUAUCAAGCAUUCCUUUAUCCUCAUCAUUCUCAUCAUCAUCAUCAUCAUCAUCGUCAUCUUCAUCUUCAUUCCUUAGUUCCUCCCUCUCUACAUUAUCUACAGGACUAGAGACUGGUAAAAUCCCUGUACCUGGGUCAGGUUCUGAGAGUUUUCUCUCUCUUCUCCCACCUCCUGGAUCUCCUCCGACCCUUGGUUCAGGAGCAGGGUCAGGACAGUACAAUCCUACCGCAGGAUUAUUGAGUACUCAAGGAGGAACUUCUAAUUCAGGGGGAACUUCUAAUUCAGGAGGCACUUCGAAUUCAGGAGGCAAUUCGAAUUCAGGAGGACCUUCGAAUUUAGGAGGCCCUUUUAGCUCUGGAAACUCAGGAGAUAAUUUGAAUUCUGUUGGUUCAGUUCCUCUAGAUGGAAGUAAACUGGAAAAGUAUGGAAACACUGUUAUUAAUUAUAUGCCUGCGCUGAAGUGGCUACUGGUUCUCAUCAAGAACAACAAGAGUUUAAACGACGUAAAAUAAUUAAAAAUUACAAAUUUGCAAAUUCAAGGAACUUUCAAAGCUUUGUUUGGAAAGAAAAGUGUAUUACUGUUGUAGGAAGAACUGUAAACAAAAGUGCGAGGUGUUUUUUUUUUUAGUACUUUAUCCAGAAACUGCAAGUCUGCAGUACACAGUUUUUUGUAAACAAAGAAAUAAAAUUGAAAUAAAGAUUGUAAUAAUGGAAAUGAAAAAAACGUAUGCAAAAUAUUUAAACCAUGAUAAAGUGCAUAAUAUGCAAAUUUUAUAUCAUUAAGUUCGCCCUGUGUGUACUAAACCUAAAUAGUUACAAAUCCGUUUAAUUUUCAAAUUAUGUAAAUUGUUAUUAAUCAAAGUUGGUUGAAUAAGCCUCAACUUCAAUAAUGCUCCGUCGGACCGAGGACAUUUGAAUAAAAUGAUCAACGAGUGCCAUUUACAUACAGGGUUACCCACAAAAGAUGAGACUUUAAUGAGACUAUAUAAUCAAAUAAGCUUGCAAAGACAGAAACUGGAGGCUACCAGAAAGAAAAUAAAACUCAUGAUCUGUGGGUCACCCUGUAUUAUAGAUAUAUGUGAUGUUCGUUUAAAAUGAAAAGUUACCAACAAAGGGUUCAACCUAAACAACAAAUGAAUGCUUAAAAGCAAUUUUGCUCAGAGGCCAAAACUUUUGGUAUUUGAAUCUCCGGCUAAUUCGAGCAUUCCAGGCUAAGCCGGAGAUCUUUAUGUUGACGGGUAAACCUGAACCGCAGAAAUUACUGCUGAGGUGAAAUUCUGUCAAUGGUAGAUUUGGGACAAUGAAGACUUUAAAUCCGGUAUAUUUCUGUACACUAGAUAUUGAGUUUAGUCGUUGAAUCCCUGGGCUGAGCAGGAAAUCCAACUCAAAAGUUCUCAGCUCAUCGGUCUGUUAUUUAUGGGGUUUGUUUACUUAACAUAUGUAAUAUUAUUCUGAUUUAUUAUCUUCUAUUUUCGUUCCUAGUUUUUUAUAUGGAAAAGUUUGAGGAAGACGAUAUUUGUCAGAAUCAUAUUUUCCAUUUUCCUCCUAAAUGUAAGAAUACUAGCGAAAUGUCGAUGAUAAAAUCUUAAAUUACAUCAGUAUAUAACCCUCACUCAAUAUCUAAAAAUAGAAUUUUCUGGUCAAGCGCUAAACAUUUACCUAACAAGCUUUAAUUUUAUAUUUAUUAAAGAUAAAUUUUAUGUACAAUGUAUGUCGACAGUGGACAUGUUAGUAGAGUCCCAAUACAAAUGUUGACUACAUGGUCACCCACAAAGAAUGAGACUUGAGAAACGACUGUUCACAAUUCUUUUAGUCUUUUUUCUGAGAUGCAGCUGGUCCCUUGCAGGUGCAUAACGUUUUCAUUUUUUUGAAAAACGAUCGUUUUUUUCGUUUUCCU